CGUGACCAUGAACACAACAGGAUUAGAGUGUUCAUACUUUCUAGCCUCGCACCAUCAUAGAUCACAAAAGGUUGAAUCAUGGGUAAGCGAAAGAAGUCGAGCAGGCAGCCUCAACAAACACGAAAGAAAGAACCACUUGCCACCACAUUUGCAUGUCUGUUUUGCAACCACGAGAACUCGAUCAUAGUAAAACUGGACAAGAAGCUUGGUCUAGGAAACCUCACUUGCAAAGUGUGCGGGCAACGAUUUCAGACAGGAAUCAACUACCUCUCUGCCGCCGUUGACGUAUACUCGGACUGGGUGGAUGCUUGUGACGCGGUUGCCAAAGACACUGCCCACAGAUACGAAGAAAGUGAUGCCCGCGUCGGACACUCGAAUGACUUCACUGCUUCACCCAGUGCUCGAAACCUCAAUGCCGAUGAUGCGGAUCCUGGUGAUGAAUAUGCUGAUGAUUAUUGACGUGCCUGCGACAAUUGGCAGGAAGUAAGAAUCAGAUCUACCUUGCUCUGGUUCACAUGACUCCUUUAAUGCCUACAUACCGCUAGAUUGAGUGUAAUAAAAGUAAUGUCAUUUAAAGAAGACUCCCUCGUG